ACAUAGUAACUUUCUAAAUCUGGAUCGAAUAUUGAUGCAGACGAGCAUCCAUCAGAACGCGUUGACGGCACUCUAUUCACUGGUAAAAAGGACGAGAACUCCCAAAUCUCCGAGAAGCAAGCCACGACGUUCUCGUGCACAGAACCCUGCUGGGCUUGGUAACCACCGCUACUUAGCCUUCAACGAGAUGGCUUCACAAAGGGAAGAGAAAACAACUCUGGACCGAGCCAGUUCGGAACAGCUUUCACAGCAACAAUCUACAUCAGGCAUCGGCACCAGCAGAUCACGUGUGCAUCCAUGGUUAGACAGCGUAACGUUCUUCCUUACAAAAUGGGGUGUUGAAACUAAUGGAGUGGACCCUAUACCUCCGGAAGAUCGAACCGAUACGAAGUUUUUCCAAAUGUUCUUUGUAUGGUUCUCUGCCAACAUGAAUGUACUAGCCCUCGGAACUGGGGCUGCAGGCCCAGCUUUCUUCGGUCUAGGGGUAUCGCAAUGCCUCGUCAUUCUACUUAUCGUGGACAUCCUAUCAUGCACCGUGCCCGCAUAUUUCGCUGUCUUCGGUCCGAAACUUGGCACAAGGUCAAUGGUAACUGCGCGCUUUUCGUGGGGUUAUUAUGGUGCUAUUCUACCCAGCGCUCUUACGGUCUUCUCCAUGCAAGGAUUCCUCAUUUUGAACUGUAUUAUUGGAGGUCAAACUUUGGCGAGUGUCUCCAAUCAUCUAGACGACACAUUGGGUAUAGUCAUCAUUGGUUUGAUAUCCCUUGCUGUCACAUUUUGUGGGUACAAAGUGAUUCAUUGGUAUGAAAGUGUGGCUUGGAUACCCAACGUCAUUACGUUCAUUAUUAUGCUCGGAAUCGGAGGAAAGCACCUCUCGAAUGCACCAGCCUCAAUACCAGUGACGGCUUCCACGGUCGUCACGUUUGCAACGACAACAGCUUCCAGUGUCAUCAGUUGGUGUAUGAUGACUCCUGACUAUGGGGUAUAUCACAGCGAGAAAGCUUCUACACUGCGAAUAUUUACGUACACAUAUCUCGGUUUCUUCAUAGCUAGCUUGACCGGACAUUCCUUGGGUGCCGUCUUUGCGGCUUCGGCCACCAACAUCCCUGCAUGGAAUGCCGGCUUUGACAACGGCAAUAAUGUCGGCGGUCUUAUGAAUGCAGUAUUGGCGCCUUUAGGCGGAUUUGGCAAGUUCCUCACUGUAUUGGUUGCUCUGUCGGUUCCCAGUGCAUGCGCUCCUACGAUGUACUCAUUUGGGAUGAGUUUCAUGACUAUCGGUUCUGUGUUCGCUAAGGUGCCUCGCUAUGUCUUCAUGGGUGUCUCGGAAGCUAUACUUAUUCCUGUUGCGAUCAUUGGAGCGAAGCGCUUCUACGUCACGUUUGUGAAUGUUAUCAGCAUCAUCGGAUAUUGGAGCACUGUCUUCGCUGUGAUCGUGCUCGUUGAGCACUUCCUCUUCCGCAAGAAUGAGUUUAGUCGUUAUAAUGUCACGGAUUGGAAUCAACCACGCAGACUUCCCAUUGGUCUAGCUGCACUUCUAGCUUUCUGCGCUGGGUUUGGUAUCAUCGUCCCUUGCAUGUCCCAAACAGCGUACGUUGGCCCCAUUGCCAAUGCUGGGGCGGGAGACAUCGGCAUUUUCACGGGGUCUGCUGUCGCAUUCAUUGUAUACAUUGCCUUAAGAUCUUUAGAGCGUGCAGUCACUCAUAGAUGAAUGGGCUUCUAUAAACUUUACAUACGCAGGGAGUUGUAAGCCUGUGCUCAUCUUCAUUCGACCAGUUCAAAGCACCAUGUUGAUCAAGUCUGAAGCAUACAUUCCAAUCAGUCUUCCCACAAGUGGGUGAAUUUUGCUCCUCACAAGAUAGAAAUGAUUUUGGCCAGGCUACAUAUUCAAAAUGCAAGUUUUCUCCAGGCGGAAAAAUGCCGUUCUC